AUGCAAUUCGGAGGGCGACGCGAGGUGUCGCUGCGCGGGGCGAGCGCGCGCGAGGUGUCGCGGAACGCGCUACUGAACAAGGUGGCGGAAGAGCGCGCGGCGCGCAGCAAGGCCCGCAAGUCCGCGGCCUCCGCCGCGCUCAUUCAGGUGCGCCAGGCGCCAGAUUGGCGCUUCAGGAAAGCAGCUUGCGUCGCUCGCCAGCUCGUCCAAUCCGAGUGGGACACGUGGCAUGCUUCCCGCAUGGCAGCAGUGGGGGGCCAGCCCCCAGCGCCUCUAACAGCCGAUGAAGUUUCCCAGAAGCUUCUGGCGCCGGUGCUGUUCUUGCUGUGGGAUGCGCGGAAAAGGGAGUGGAGAAUUGGAGGGAGGGGGGAGGGGGGGGAAGGGGGAAGCAGAGGGGAAGGGGGAGGGACCGGAGCAGGAUCAGGGGCAGGGGCAGGGGCAGGGGGAGGGGCAGGGGGAGGGGGAGCAGGAAAGGAACUGCAACGGUUACAGUCGGUGCUGGUGUGGCUGUUAAAAAGUCUGGAUUCCCCAGAUCCUGCUACCAACUUCUGCUCCUUGGCCGUCGGCACCCAAUCACAGCGUGCCAUGUGGCAGCACCAGGCACAUAGAAUCGUGUCCCUCUGCACUGUCACUGCCUCCUCCUCCCCUGAAAGCACCCUGGCAGCAGCAGAGGCUCAGGUGCUUUCUCUGUUGGCAGCAUGGGCAUCAUUGGCAGCAGAUCAGUUUGCCGCCCACAUUCUCACCAUCCCACUGCUGACGUGGCGCCUGCCAUCCCCCCUCCUCCCUGCCCUGCGCCAUCUGUCAGCUCUCCAGCCCUGCCUUAUCUCCUGCCUGCGCUCCAACCGUGCCUCCUCUCCUGCCUGGUACGAAUCGUUCUUCCAAGCCAUCUACGAUAAUGCACCUGUCUGCCUGCCAGAAUCGUUUACCUUCUCCAUUAAACAACCCCGUCCGUCUCUCCUCCUCCCUGCCUUGCGCCAUCUGUCAGUGCUCCAGCCGUGCCUCCUCUCCUAUCUGCGCCAGGCUCCUUCCCCCCACCCCUCGCCACCAGACCCAUACCACCGGCUCACCUCCCAUCUCCCCCCUCCCGCCUGGGCUCUAGCAAACGUCUCUGCUCUCGCCACCGCCCCCCCUUCCCUCUCCUCCUCCCCCUCUCCAUCCUCCUCCCCUUCCCCCUCUCCACCCUGUCCUCCUCCUCCUCCCUCUCCCUCACUCUCCUCUGAGCUGUUCCUACCCGGUCUGGACUUGCCACUCUAUGUGCACGCCCUCUGCGCCCUAGCUGCUGCUGUGAUAGCCCAUGAGGAGAAAGAGCGGUGGCACGUGCUGAGGGUCCUAGAAGAAGCCCUUAAAGCCGAAAAAAGUGCGGAAAAGGCAGCAGAAUCGGGAGGGAAACCUGCUGCAGUAGCAGCAUCAGGAUCAGCAGCAGCAGGAGCAGGAGGAGGAGGAGCAGCAGGGCGGCAGCAGCUAGACAUGGGCGAUUUCGGCCGCCUCUACUCGCUCCUCCUCACGCUCUUCUCCUCGGUGCAUGCGUCCUCAGGGCGGGUGCUCCCUCUCCUCAACGUCCUCGCCUUCACUCGCGAGGUUCUCACAGGGCUGUGGCACUGGCUGGUGGCUCACUGCCGUAUCUCUAUUUCUCAGGCGUAUGCGGAGAGUGAGGGGAUGCAGAGUGGUUUGCAAGGGGUACAGAGUGGUUCCAAGGGAAUACAGGCGGCUGCUGCUGGCGGUGCUGGUGCUACUCGUUCUGCUGCUGCUGGUACUGGUGGUGGUGGUUCUGGUACUGCUGGUGGUGGUUCUGCUGCUGGUGCUGGUGGUGGUGGUGGGAGGGCAAGAGAGGGAUCUAGCAGGAGGGGAAACAGAGGGAGGAGGGAAGGGAGCAGGCAAGGGGGAGGGGGAGGGGGAGUGGCUGGUUCGUUUCAGCUGCCCCAGUUUUCGGGCAGCUGGUUUCCAAGGUCGUUUUUGGACGGGUAUGGGGGAGGUGGGGAGGGAGGGGAGGAAAGGGCGGAGGAGGAGGAUGAGUGGGGGAACCCACAUGGAGGAGGAGGUGGAAGAGGUGGAAGGGGAGGAGAAGGGGUAGGAAGAGAUAGAACGGGCGUUGACCACAUGCAGACAGAUUCUGCCGGCCAGGGAAGGCCGCCCGGGAGUGCGGGUGAUGAUGAUGCUGCGCUGGCUGCAUUCAUUGGUGGGCGGCAGGCUGGUCAAUCAAGUCAACCAGGGUCAACGGCAGCACAGCAGUGGUCCACCUUUCUCUCCUCCACGUUCCAGAGACGCGCAGCAGAGGCACAGAGAGGGCGCAGAGGAAGAGGAGGGGGAGAGGGAGGCGGGAGGACGUUUUGGGAGACCCAGACAGGUGACUAUAUGGAAGAGGAUAUUGACGAGGGGGAAGAGGAAGGAGGAGAGGAGGGGGGAGUGGGAGCGGGAACUGGGGGAUUCGAGGGAAGAGAGGGGGGAGAGGGAGGAGGAGAGCGGUGGGAUGUGGAGAGUAUGAAGAAGGGGGUGGCAGGGGUGGCGGCUGACGUGGCAGUGGUAAUGACGGUGUUCUGCAGGGCGUAUGCCCACCUGCUGCUCGUGCUGGAUGAUGAGGAGUUCUACCAGAGACAGCAACCUAGUCUACAGCACCCUCAUCUCCUCCCACUUGUCUGCCUGCCCCUGCCCCUCUUCCCUCCGUAUCCCUCCUCUUCCUUGUCCCGUGUUCCCCUCUUCCCUCAGAUCCCCUUCUCUCUUUCCGAGCAAAGAGUCAUCGCAGCAACACUCAACACUCUCGUUUACAACACACUCAUCUCCUCCCCCUCCUCCUCCUCCCCGUCCCCCUCCUCUUCCUCAUCCGCCUCCGCCUCUUCCCCGCUCACCCCUUCGCAAUCCACGCUACUAGAAGCAGCCACGCGCUGCCUCCUCCCUCUGCACGACCGCGACUGUAGACGAGCCUUCUGUGAGCCUUCGCUCUGGCUGGCCCCUGCUGACCGCCGCCCACCACCUGUCAUCUCUGCAGCAGGUACAUAUGAGCCCAAUUAUGUGCUACGCCUUCCCUCUGGCUGGCCCCGGCUGACCGCCGCCCACCACCUGUCAUCUCGGCAGCAGGUAUGUUGGGCGAGCAGGUGGGUACUGUACUCUUUCCCUGGUGGUUCCACGUCCCUUUUCCCUGGUGGUUCCACGUCCCUUUUCCCUGGUGGUUCCACGUCCCUUUUCCCUGGUGGUUCCACGUCCCUUUUCCCUGGUGGUUCCACGUCCCUUUUCCCUUUCUCCUCCUCGCUGCCUCCUCCCUCUGCGAGCCCUCCCUCUGGCUCCCCUUUUCUGCGGACAAGUCCGGCUAGUGGUGGACGUGUCUGUGCGGCUGUCCUGUCCCUCUUCCCUCUCCCCAUUCGGCUGUUUCUUGUGCCCCCCAUGUCUCACCUCGCUCAUCCCAGGGUGCACAUAUUCCGCGAGCUCAUUCAAGCGGACAAGGCGCGGCAUGGAUUAGGGGCUACCCCCAGGAUGGGCACGGUGCAGCCCGUGGUGGACGUCCCGGUGCACAUAUUCAGGGAGCUUCUUCAGGCGGACAAGGUGCGGCAUGGACUAGGGGUUACCCCCGGGAUGGGCAUGGUGCGGCCCGUGGUGGACAUGUCCUUGCGGCGCGACCCGCUCUGCUCGUGGAAGCUUAUGCAAGCAGACGAGGAGAGGCACGGGGUUGUGUACAUAUUCCGGGAGCUGAUUCAAGCAGACAAGGCGCGGCAUGGACUAGGGGCUACCCCUGGCAUGGGUAUGGUGCGGCCCGUGGUGGACGUGUCAGUGCGGCGGGAUUUGCUAGUUGAGGAUGCGUUCGUGCGCCUCAACCAACUCGGACCGAUGCUCAAGGUAUCACUGAGAGGAAGCCGCUUUGGGAGUGACAAGGUGUGGCAUGGGAUGGGCAUGGUGUGGCCCGUGGUGGACGUGUCCGUGCGGCGGGACUUACUGGUGGAAGACGCGUUUGUGCAAUUGAACCAACUUGGCCUUAUGCUCAAGUGCGGUCUCAACCCACCCACCCACCCACCCGCGGUGCGGCCGGUGGUGGACGUGUCCGCCGUGCGGCGCGACCUGCUUGUCCCCAUGCGGGCCGGUGGUGGACGUGUCCGCCGUGCGGCGCGCUGA